AUGAAUAGUGAAGUAGAAUAUAAUAUCAGAAACAACAUUCCCUGGAGUAAAUUGCCUUCUGGGGUCAAAAAGAGUCUUGGCAAUUCACAGAAAGAAUAUGAAAAGGCAAUUGUAAAUUUUAGUACCAAAAACCAAUUGAGAUUCAGAACUAAUUUAGUUUCUCAUGUCAGGAAAGAUGAACCACGAUAUUAUGAAGAGCUAUUAACAUACAGCAGAACUAGCCUCCUACUUUAUCCAUAUCACUUAAGUGAUAUCAUUGUGAAAGGUUUGCGUGUGACACCAUUUCAAUAUUACACUAGAGUUUUAGAAACAAUAAUGGAUAGUGAAAGGAGCUAUGACUCUCUGCCUAAUUUCACUGCUGCUGAUUGUCUAAGACUUCUUGGCAUAGGACGUAAUGAAUAUAUUGAUUUAAUGAACCAGUGUCGAUCUGGAAGAAAACUAUUUAGAAGAAAAAACAUCAAAGAUUUGCUGCCUGUUAAACCUAUAGACAUUCACAUAGAACCAUGGUGGAUUGUUGAAACAGGAUACAUUGUUGAAGAAGAUAUGAAGAUAGUUUCUCAAGCAGAAAAGGAGAUAAUUGAUCGAAUCAUAGACUAUGGGAAACAGAGAGCUGGGGAUUUAGAUUAUAAUCUUGUUCAUAGUUUGUAUAAAAAGGGUCUUAUUUAUCUUGAAGUUCCAAUUGAAGAUACUGAUCAUAUCGUUGUGCCACCUUUAGAAGGUUUCGUUAUGAAUCGUGUUCUAGGAGAUUAUUUUGAAACUUUGUUGUAUAAAAUAUUUGUAUCUAUUGAUGAACAUACUUCUGUAGGAGAGCUCGCAGGUGUUUUGCAAAUUGAUCUGCAAGCUGUUAAGCAGGCUGUGUCGCUUUAUUGUAGACUUGGAUUCGCUAGGAAAAAAGUACCUGAAUCUGAAGAAUGGCAUCCUACUUGGAAUCCUGCACAAUCAAAAAUGGUGCUCAGUCCUUCAACAGAGAUGAUACCAUCCUUCAGCAAAGUUUAUAGUGACCUCGGGUCACCUUCAGAAGAAGAUAUAGAAAAUAAUUUACCUAAGAAGACUAGGAUUGCUUUUCUAUUUGAUUCGACACUUACGGCUUUUCUCAUGAUGGGAAACUUAUCACCUGGACUUAAAAGUCAUGCUGUAACAAUGUUUGAAGUAGGUAAGCUUACCGAUGAGACUAUGGACAGCUUUCUUUGUGAGCUUGAAAAGGUGAGUACUGCCAGAGAUGAUAGUGAAGGAGAGGCUAGGAGGUACUUUGAACAUGCGUUAGUCCUGCGUUCAACAGUCUUGGCACUUAGGCAUAGAGGUCUAGACUUGGUCAGGUGUGAAAGUUUGCAAUCUCUUGACCGGGAAACUUGUACAAGGCUUCUCAAUAAAAAUUAUUCAUUGCUAGUGUCGAUGGCUCCACUGAGUGGUGAAGUCACACCUAUUACAAGCAUUAAUCCUCCACAUCUUGGACCCCCUUGUCCGCUGGCCCACACACUCUGGUUUAAACUUUUUCUAUACCACAUUACUAGAAGUGGACCCCCAUCAAUUCUCUUUGCAAGAGGUACUCGUCUGCGGAAGCUACCCAGGGUGCUGAGAGAAUGCGAUAAGGCGUUGGUCACAUCUUGGGGCCAUGAUCCUACAGUAAUUGCCACAUCAAGCCUUUUGUUUACUCUGAAUGAUGCACUGUGCUAUUCACCAGUUUUAGCUCAGGCCUAUGGUGUGAAUAAAGGUGCUGAUACUCAUCUUAUCCCUUUUCCCUUUGAAAAUCCCGAAGAUGAAAAUGGCCGUGGGUUAUGGAAGCAACACCCAGCUGUAUUAAGGCUAGAGAGGGAGCUUGGACUCAAACAAAGCUGUGGAUACCUUACUAUGGUCGAGAUUCCUCAGUCUUUACCUCCUGAUACUCCGCCGCCUACUUUAAAAGCGAGCUUAAGGCUUCCACUCUCUUCUACGACCGAUCUACACUGCCUUGACACUCCAGCUACUCCAAGUUCCGUCGAAGCUUGGAUCAAGACCAUGUCAGGUGGUGAUGGAGAUUCAAGAGUAAAAGCCUAUACAACUAGCCCAAUGAAGGAGGAAGGUGAACCGAUGAAUGGCCUUACUAGCCAAGAAUGUGCUCAUAUUCUUGAACAAGAAUUAGACGGCCUUGGUGAUUCUAGCCAGAGCUCACCUACUAGGGAUAGUGACAGCAAGGAAGAAGUACCAUGUCGUCUACCAUUGCGGAUUAAGCUAAGCUCAACGCCAUCCCCUACAAAUUUAUCUGAUUGGUCACUUCUUGACUGCUCAUAUGGUAUACCUCUUUUUGAUGCAGAUCUAAAUGCCAUUAUCUGUAAGUCCGUUGUAGAGAGACUCACUCAAGCAGACAGCUUGAAAAAUCUCACAGCUUACAAUGAAGCCUUGUCUUCUAAACUGGAAGAAUUUAUUGAAACUGUACAGGGUUGGGGUGAAGAAUCGUCUGGGAUUGAUUCACCUUUCAGUUCAUCUCAGGAAAACACGUGGCCUCUUCUGAAUAUUGCGUUCAACAAUGGUCAACUUUCACCUUGGGAUGGAAAGUAA